CUGUUUUGACAAUAAGAACAGGCAACACCUGCUUGGAACCAUCUUCGUGUCUUCUUUCGAGCCAUCUUUAUCUCAUAUCAGCAAGAACAAUCUCGAUAAAUCUUGUUUCUAACUCGACUCUUAAAAAUAGGUCCUCUUCCAUCGAGUCCCCAAAGAACAAAGAAGAUCAAAACAGACAGAGAUUGCGGCAACAAGAUGAAGUUACUCGGUUGGAUGCAUCGAAAGUUCCGCCAAACCGGGAGCGAGCCACUCAAGGACUUGGUUAUCGGAAACCCCUGCAAUUGCCUUUCUGGGAAGCGAUCAACCGAUGAUCAGGAGUACUACCAACACGCAAAUUAUGGUACCAAACCUGCUGGACAUGCCCAGCAAGAGAACCAACUCCGAAAAUCAUUUGCUUGUUUGGAGGCGGCAAGAGCAGAAUAUGAAAACCGUCAGGAGGAACAAUUGCUAGCUGAUGAAGCCCAGAUCUUCCCAGGCUUUCUUGCAAUAGGCACCCUUGGUUCAGACACUCCCUUGUCCGAUCCUUCAACACCGACAUUUGCCAACUCGGUCGAUUACCUAACCGAGAAGGAAACUGAAAUGACGGAGAAUGAACUGAGGUUGAUCAAUGAUGAGUUAGAGAAGGUGCUGGUAGCCGAAGCCAAGGAAGAAAGCGGCAAUGACUCGUCGGGAAGAUCCAGUCUAGUCAGCACGGGAAGAAGCAGCCACUGUAGCACCAUCACCCUCUGUGGAAAGCCAAUUUUAGAAGGCCAAGAGACCAACAAUGGGAGCACAAACACGGUCUAUCCCCUCCAAGGAUAUCUUUUCGGGUCAGCCAUUGAAUUGUCGGAAACGACAGCAGCGGUGAAGAAGGAACACAGGACAUCGCUCGGAGAGCUGUUUCAGAGGAGCAAACUGACAGAGGCUGGAUACGAGUCAAAACCCGAGAGGGAGGAGAGGCAUACAGCGAUGCACCUUAUGAAAAAGAAGCUGAAGAAGAGAAUACUCCUUCCUUGUGGGAGCUCCACUGCAACUGCUGGCAUGAAUAUUGACUCAACUUCAGCGGAGACAAAGUUCCAAAAGAUUCUUCAGAUGUUCCACAGAAAGGUUCACCCCGAGAGUUCCGCCUCGACCAGAAAGACAGAGAAGCGGCAGCAGAGAGAGAGCAAGAAGAAAACAACCCAGGAAAGCAGGAAGAAAAACAGAGAUCAGGAGCUUCUUCAGAACAAGCCGCCCCAGUUCAAACUCGCCGGGAGCGAGUCAAAUGGAAACAGGGAGUGCUGGAUCAAGACGGACGCGGACUAUCUGGUGCUGGAGCUGUAGAAGCCGAAGAAGGGAGCGACAGCAGUGGAGGCGAUGCCUCCAUAAGUAGUAUGUGCUUUUCUCAUGUCUCUGAUGUGCUUCAUCAAUGGAGAACUUUUGCAUCUGGUAUGAGAGCGACAUUUGUAUGGAGUCAAAAUAAAAGAGGCUUGCCUCUUAAGAUACUCUACUUUUGAGUUGUUUGACAUGGUGUGCAACGACCUUGUGGUUCGAUACUGGAUUCGUAUUGGGACCACUGUCGUAAUGUAUGUUGGAAUAUGAUUAAUUUGCAGUGAGGUUAUUCUU